AUGAAUAUAUAGACUAAAACAGAAAAGCCAUUGCUCUCUAGAAACGGAUAGCUCACUUUAAAUAUUAACUCAAAUUAAUUAGACUAAUAGUUUACGAUGGAAGCACUACUAACACCAUAAAGGAAUUAGAUAAAUUAGGCUAAGCGACUUUCAGAGCAUAAUUUUGAUAUCAAAAGUACUGGUAACCAAGCAUUUAACUUUAGAAGCAGCGUUAAAUCUUAAGUAGAAUUAGAUAAAAUAAAUUCUUAAUCCCUUGGAGGUCCCAACUCAGCAGUUAAAUAUGCGUAAGGCGCGACCUAAGGAAACGAUUCAAUAAUAUAAUAGGAAAACAGCAAUACAAAUAACAAGAAUGGAAAUAAGCAGCGCUAAGAAUAAUUUUAAAAAAUCAGAAAUCCUAGCUAUGCUUCAAUUCAAUAAUCUUAGGAGAGUGUUUUCUAUUAAGUUUCAAGAGGGUAGAACUAUUUUAACAGCCCUAUUCAAACCAAGGCAGAUGAUGAUAAUAAUAUGGUCGACUUAAAAACUAUUUAGGAAUAGAUAUUUGAAGACAACAAAAAUAAUGAUCUAAUCCUGCUUGAUUCCUAAACCUCUAAAGACAAUCUUCAAGACGAUGAAGUCUCUAUUAGUAUCAUUAAAGCUGAUCAUACUCAAAGUUAACUUUUUACUGGAAGAAAUAAUUAGCAUAAAAGCAACAUUAACAACAGCUAAUUUAUUCUAAAUGAGCAACUUAAUAAACUAGAUGAUAUAAAAUUAAAUCUGGGAGAUAUUAAUGAUCCUAAAAAGAAUAUUCAAAAAUUAGACACUCAAAGAUUGUUCUAAGAUCACCAGCCCAAUAGAUUUAACUACCACAAUAGAAUCUACACUCAUAAAAGCAUCAAUGAAAAAAUAAAUAAAAUACCAUAAUUUCAAAAUCUUAAAUUAGGAAAUAAUUUGAUGGUCAAUAAUCUAAGUAAAUUGGGUAAUAACAAUGUGAUAUUCAAGCAAGAACUAAGCUCUCCAAAUAUCAGACAGCAACAUUUAAACCAAAUUUAGACUUAGUCAAUGAUCUAGGCAAUUAUUGGGAAUAAUGAUUUCCCUCAUAACUUCAAUAACAUUUCGACAGGCUUGUAGCAACAUUCGAAGUUCAAUAUGAUGACAAGUCAGCCUCACAUUACACCUAGAUCACUUUUGAAUCUAUCUAUUGACUCUGAUAAUACUUUAGAUGAUGAGGGACAUAACUUUACAAUUCCUCAUUCUAUGCCUGGAACUGGAAGGAUUAUGAGCCUCAACGCUUAGAGUCAGAAUCAGGUGAAUUCCAAAAUUGCACCUAUAUUUACAACAACAGAAGGUGCAGAAAAUAUAAGUAACUACAAAAAUAACACUAGCACUUAAAAAAUUCAAUAGACACAUUAAGUUCCUUUGAAGAAAGAAAGUGAAAUAAGUGAUUUAUGGGGUGAAAAAAAUAUAUCCUUUCCUGAUCAUCAAUCAUACUCUCAAUCCACUCUAUCGAAUAUGAUAUACAAUCGAAUUAAAGCUGCUCCCCCUUUUUCAACUAUUACUCUACCUGAUAGGCAUAUAAUUCUUCCAUGUAUAGUAAUGAAGCAUCCCAUUUCUAUACUAGGAACACCAGGAACCAUACUAGAAAUAGUUAAUGGCAAUGUCAUUUGUGACUUUAGAGAAUUCUUGAGGGAAAACCCAUAAUUUAGUUCUGCUCAGUUGAAAUCCUCAAUAAGUGAAGUUUCAUUGAUAUUUAAAAUUGACCUAGUCAAGAUAAUGGAUAGACUUAAAGAAUAUCAAGCGAAACUCGAAUUCUUUUAUGAUAAGCUCAGCUAUAGUGAAAUUUGCUUGCAAUAUUUUAAAGUUGAUCAUGCUAGAAAGACGGUCAUUCUUCCACUUGUUUUAAUUGAAAAUCUGUCAACAUUAGAGGUAAGGGAUUGUUAUCUAAGAUCAAUGAAGAAAGAGCCUUUUGCUUAAAAGGAAAGUGAUGAUAGCAAUGGGAGAGAUGAAUCUUAAGGUGUUUCAGUAUUUAUUUAGCCAACUAGAGACUAUUUGAUGGAAGAGAUAGGAUUUUGGAUAAACGGUAGCAAGAUGUCAGAAGCUAAAACUGUAAAAGAAGAAGAUAGCGAGGAUAACUAGGACACUAUCUCUAUCGCUAUAAUCAAAUCUUGCAUCUUUUACAAUUUCUAUGAUCAGUGUAGAAUAGGAGUAAAUGGAUCAUUAUAGCUUGAAAAGUGUCAUUUGAGUGAAGCUAGAAACCAAGCUGUUCACUGUGUAAACCCUAAAUCUAUAAAAAUAUGCAAUUGUACAAUUUCCAAACCCUUAAAAAAUGGAAUCCUGAUAGAAUGGCUGAGCGAAUCAUCAAGUACAGAUCAAAUCAGAAAGAUUAAUAUAGAAAAUAAUGAGAUUUAUGGUACAGGGUAUGAUUAGGCAGCCAUCAACAUUCGUUCGUAUUUCUAAUUCUCUGCUCACAAUGCCAUAUUCAAGAUAUCUGACAACAGAAUUUACAAAUGUAAAGGGGAGGGAUUGAGGAUACAAGAUCUAGCUAUCAAUAACAUAGAAAUAACAGAGAAUGAUAUAUCACAGAUGUCUAAGAACAAUGUGACAAUCAUUCAACUUCAUUAGAAAUCAAAUAAAUUCAAAUUUGUGAUGAGAAGUAACAGAUUUAAGCAUAGCGAUGAAGGUUAUGGCUUGUAUAUUUGUGACAGUGGAUUCCUAAUUGAAAACUGUUCAAUAUGCGAAAACAAAGAGGGUGGUAUGCUUCUUGAAUGCAAGGAAAAGCCAUGUAAUCCACUUUAGCAUGACGUUUCUUAGUUUUUGUAAAAAUUUCCAAUGACUACUGCAAUUAAGGACACUGAAUUUUCCUUAAACAAGAAAAAUGGAUUAUUUAUAAAGGAUUAUUGGAAGGGCUCAGUUUAACUAAUAAAAUGCUAGUUUUAUCAAAAUGAGGAGUGUGGCAUUGCUUUAAAUGCUAAGGAUUAUCCUCUAUUUUUAUCAAGGGGGCAGCCUCCUAGGAAACUAAACACCUAAAAAUCAAAUAAAUCAUAGGUAGUUCCAAUCACUAAGAGUAUAGUCCCUGCUUUAGAUCUAUUAUUCCUUGAUGAUAAAACUGAGGUUGGUGGAGUCUAUAUUUCAGAUUGCGAUAUAUAGGAAAAUCACUCUCAUGGAGUGCUAAUGACAAAUGUUUAAUUGAAAAUAUACAACACUCUAAUCCUUAAUAACUAUAGUAACUUUGCUGUUUACAUGCUCCACGAAGAGCAAAAAGUGUUAAUAAAACUUGAUUAUUACAAGAAUGAAUACGAUAGGUACAUUAAUGGAAUAGUCGGAGGCACCUGGGGUACAGUGAAGCUAAAGCGAAAUGGGCCAUGCGCUGGUUGCUCUGAUCCAUUUAAAAAGCAAAGAGAGGCAAGCUCCAGAAACUAAAGGCCCAGUUCCACCAAAAAAUGUGGAUUAUUCUGA